CGGACUUUACGGGACGCAAUUUUUUCAAAAUGUGUCGGACUUUUUGGGACGGAGGGAGUGAUUUUAUAUUUACUACCCCAUCACGUCUUAUCGUCAUUAUUUUCCAAUCACCGAUCACAAAAUGCUAACGUCUGUGUUGCACAGUCACCCCGUUAAUGUCCAUUAUGCAUGGUUUAAUGAAUUUCAUGAUGGAGAGCCACAGGUUCCAUGCUACUUCGUGUUUGGGGACUCUCUAGUGGACAAUGGAAACAACAACGACAUGGGGUCCUUGGCUAGGGCCAAUUACAUGCCCUAUGGCAUUGAUUUCCCCGGUGGCCCUACCGGAAGGUUCUCCAAUGGCAAAACCACCGUUGAUGUCAUCGCCGAGCUUCUGGGCUUCGACGACUAUAUUCCGCCAUAUGCAAGCGCAAGGGGUCAAGACAUUCUCAAGGGAGUCAACUUCGCAUCUGCAGCUGCCGGAAUCAGAGACGAAACUGGCCAGCAACUGGGCCAGAGGAUAAGUUUUUCUGGGCAAGUGAGGAAUUACAAGAACACGGUGGACCAGAUUGUGGAAUUGCUAGGAGAUGAGGACUCGGCUGCAAAUUACCUAAGCAAGUGCAUAUACUCAAUUGGAGUGGGAAGCAAUGACUACCUAAACAAUUACUUCAUGCCCUUAUACUACUCCUCUAGCAGGCAAUACAACCCUGACCAGUAUGCUGACAUUCUCAUCCAACAAUACACUGAACAGCUUCGUAUUCUAUACGAGAAUGGGGCGAGGAAGUUUGUGCUGAUUGGAGUGGGCGCAAUAGGGUGCAGCCCAAAUGCUCUGGCCCAAAACAGCCCAGACGGCAAAACGUGCGUGGAAAGGAUCAACGUGGCAAAUCGGAUAUUUAACCAGAAAUUGAGGGCACUUGUGGACGAAUUUAACGGCAAUACCCCCGAUUCAAAAUUCAUCUACAUCAACGCCUACGGCAUUUUCCAGGAUUUGAUCGAAAACCCCUCCACUUAUGGGUUUAGAGUGACAAAUGCAGGAUGUUGUGGUGUGGGGAGGAACAAUGGGCAAAUAACAUGCCUUCCACUGCAAAACCCGUGCCCAAACAGGCAGGAAUAUGUGUUUUGGGAUGCAUUUCACCCCGGCGAGGCCGCAAACAUUGCGAUCGGAAGGAGAUCUUACAGUGCCCAGAACCCGUCCGACGCCUACCCUUAUGAUAUUCGUCGCCUUGCACAAGCUUAGUUUAUAUAAAUUAAAUACAAAUAUUUUGUAUCCUUGUUCUUGUUAUGAUUAAUCAUAAUCAUUUAUUCCAUGUAUUAUACAAAUUAUUAUUACAUUGUUUCUUUAUUUCUACAUCUCUGUAUUUGUUUUGGUGGACGACGACGACGUCGGAUUGAAAUGCGUUUGCAUACGUUUUAUUUGCCGUAGUGCAUAUUCUAGUGCCAUAUAUUCCCGAGUAAAAAAAAAAUUUACAAAAAAAUUACCAUAAAAAAACAAAAGUUUU